UUUGACAUGGGGCAACUGAUCACUGACAGUGUCAUAUUGCAGAGGUACACACUUGUGCCCUGCUGUGUGUCAGUACGCUACAUUUGCUUUCUGUAAGCACUCUCGACUUGAAAUGAUAAACAGGAAAAGCGUCAGGCUAAACUGAAUUGUGGAACAGAGGGAGGGGGAUGAAGGGAAAUGCUUUCUCAGGUCUGCCUGUGUGUGCAAACACAGUGUUAGUAGACCAAGGAAGCCGUCACAGAUCAAAGAACCUGCAAUGGAAAAAAAAAAAAGGUUUCAUUGAAUAAACCAAAAUUUGAUCUCAGUUUGUUACAUCUAUGUUAAUCUUUAGGUUUUCUCAAUCGAAAAUGAUUAGAUUAAUUCAAAUGAACAGAUCAUUAAAGCGGACAGCGGUUUGACGUGUAUCUAGUAGGAGAGUGCCAUUGCACGUAAUGAGUACUAGGUAAGCAGACUUUAUCAACGGUUUAAUUUUAAUAUGCCAGCGCAAGUUCUGUCCCCGUUCCGCUUCAGUGCUGGGAUGGACGAGAGCGCUUACGAGACGUUUGAGGAUGAACUUGGGACGUCACUGCGAGAGGAACCCCCAGGCAAAUCUGUGAGGCAAAUUCGCAGAGCAGACAUGCAAGCCUCACGAAACAUAAAGGAGGAACCUCCAAGUCCCCAGAACAUCCCAAAACCGACCCAGAGGGAAAUAUCCAGGACCAUGUCCAUACGUCGGGCCCUGUCCAUCCAGAACCUGGCCCAGAUGGACAGUCCGUGGGAGGGCGUCACGCUGAACCGCUGCCUGUUCGUGGCCAUCACCAUCUUACUGAUCAGCUCCGGGCUCCAGAGGCUGCACGUGGCACUGAAGGCACUGAGGGCCGAGGAAGACGAAGGGGAGAGGGUGGAGGAAGACGGAGGGAGAGGGAUGAAGGACAGCCUGGCUCUGAGGCACGCUGGCCUGAAGCAGGACAGGACCCCUCCGCAGCCCGAGAGCUCUCUAUGGGACACCUUGUUUUGGUGGGUGCUGGAGGACGACGACGACGAGGAUGAGGAAGAAGAAAGCGCAGACACGAGGAAGACGGAGACGGGGAUGAAGGGCGUGCGUGGGGGGGCGGGGAGGGCCAAACACCGGGAGACACCGGGGAGCGCAGGGAGGAAGAGAGAGAAACGGAAGGAGAAGAGGGGGAGAGGGCGAGAGCCGGAGGAAGAGGAGGGAGUGAUGGGGAAGAGGAGGAAAGAGAAAAGAGAGACGGUGAAGCAGUGGGAGAAAGAGGAGGAAGAGGAGGAUGAGGAAGAAGAAGAGAGACCCAGGAAGAAGCCGAAAAAGAGCGGGAAGCAAGAGAAGCAGAAGGGGUCAGAGGUCACCAAGCUCACCGAAUAGAACGGUCCCGUACAAUGACACACGCUCAAGAGGAGGGAUUAGAGUAACAACCAACUGCCAUCAACGCAAGUAGCUAUCUACAAAAAAAAGUAAAUUCAGUGAGUAGAACCUCGUGUAUUCCCCCCACCCCUGAGGAAACCAUCCUCACUGAGGAAUCUGCGAGUCAGGUGGUCUGUCACAUGUCCGUCUUCGCUUAACUACGAGGUUCAAUUGUAAUGAUUAAAAAUAGAGAAAAAAAAAAAAGGAGUGCUUAGAUUGUACUGGAAUGAUUAGUCUGUAGGAAUUCACACAGAAUAUCAGAGGUACAAAAAUACACGUUCUGUCAGCAUGUAGCAACUUUCAAUACAAAAACAACCCAUUAAGAGACGCCAUACAAUCUGAGGCAUAAACCAACCAAUCCUGAAAAGCUUUAGUGGAAAAAUUACCCAAAAAUCCCCCCCUCUCUUCUCCUCCCCCCCACCCCCACCGCGCCCAUCGUUAUCUUAAGAUAAAAAGUAAUGGUGUCUUAUAAGCUGCUGUGUGCUGUACUUUUCCUGUUAUUGAAAUGUAAUUUAACAAUUGAGUGAUUUUGUGAAAACCCUGAAGUAGAACUGUAGCUUUAACAUUGGAUCGCUAGCUGUCACAGUGAAACAAAAUCUCGGCGCAUUUCAUUUCAUUCAUGGAGGCAAUUUUCCUCCCCUUUAGAACACACGCUUUGGUCAAGUUCCGGGAUUACUGAGCUCGCGUUGGAGAGAACGCGCCAGACCAGUCUGUGUGUGUUUGUGAAAAUGUCUGUAGAGGAUGUCUUUGACCUUUUACUUCCCAUUGCUCAAAUUCCAAAAGAUGUUUGAAUAAUAAAAUAAAAGCCCUUUAAAUUUAUAAGAA